AUGAAAGUGGAGGAAGUGCUACCUAAAGUCUAUCUAGACAUCUCUGUGGGAGAAAGGGAAGUUGGAAGAAUCGUUGCUGAGCUUUUUGUUAGUAAGGCUCCUUCGACAACCGCUGCUUUCCUAGAACAGUUGGAUAGCUAUAAAGGCCAUGGGUUCAACAGAAUCAUUAAGAACUUCAUGAUCCAAUGCGACAAUGGCAAUAUUGAUGAAUCCGAAAAGCUUCCAGAGGAGAAUAAAGAAGAACCUUUUGAGCAGCCUUUCCUUCUAGCCUUAGCUGGCCAGUCUGUGUCUCAGUUCUUCAUCACCACAUACAAGUCACAGCACUUACUGGGUUUGCACACCUGCUUUGGUCGAGUUUUAAAGGGCAAGUCGGUUAUUAGAGAGAUAGAGAAUGUUCAGACAGAUAAAGAGCAUGCUCCACUUGAAUCUGAUCCCGUUAUCAUCAAGGACUGUGGCCAGUGGGAAGAGGGUGACCCAGUGCCCAUCUUCAAUGCAUGCUACGAUGAAAUUGCUGGUGAUAUAUACGAGGAAUAUCCAGACGAUGAUGACCAUAUAGACAAAGAAUCUUCUGCGUCAGCCUUAAAAGCAGCCACGAGAAUCAAGAAUGCUGGAGGUGAGCUUCUCAAAUCUGGAGAGCCACAAAAGGCUUCGUUCAAGUUUAGGAAAGCCAUGAGGUAUCUUACGGAAUACUUCCCUGACCAGGAUGAGGAGCCUGAGUUCUAUGCUAAGUAUACUGAUUUGAAGAAGAAGAUUUACCUUAACUUCUCGUUGGCCACCUUGAAGCUUAAGCAAUACUCCAGGUGUCUCGACUACUGCAAUUACCUUUUCGAAAUGAAAAUUACUCCCCAGGAGAAGGCCAAGACACUUUUCAGAGCUGGUAGUGCCAAGAUUGAACUACGAGAAUACAAGGAGGCUAUCCGUACUCUUGAAGAAGCACAGAAGCUUGUACCGGAAGAUGCCGGUAUCAAGAAGGAACUUACAAGAGCUGAGGAGCAGUUGGAAGCCUCGAAGAAAGCCGAAAGAGCGAAAUACGCCAAGUUCUUCGGUUAG